CAGCUCUCUGCACGGACAAACUGCGGGCCGGUGCGAGGCGCGGCACUGUCCUCCAGAGUCCCCUGCCCGGGAGGACUCCGGUGUUUGGAUCCCCCCGGAAAAGAUACACGUCGCAACAGCGUUUCGCGUGCGAAGGGGGGCCACGGCAGGUGUCGCGGGGAUGGAGCGUGGUGUUUGGUAGGGAAGGACUGAGAAACAUUAAUCCAGCGGAGACCUGUAUUCCUCUGAAUGAGCCGAAGGGAAGCUUCAGAAACUGAAUUUGUUAAAGCAGGAAUUUUAGGAAGAGAAAAUCCACAGCGAAGAAGAGAGACUGUCUCAGAGGAAGAAACUCUUAGUGGAAGAUAACAUUUGACCUUUCAGAGACCUGGAGAGAGGAAGUGAAGCAUGCAGGGGUACGAGGUUGGUACAAGGCUGCUCUACCGGCUUACUCUGGCCUCGGGGGUGCUGGAGUGUCUGUGCUUUGCCGGUGUGGUGUUCGGUUAUGCCUCUCUGGUGUUUGUGCUGAAGGAGGAUGGAUACUUCAGUCAGCUGUGUGACAGUGUCCCAGGCACCAACGGCACGCUGACCAGUACCGACUGCAGUAGACAGGAUGAGAAGUUCUCUCUGGUCUUCACCGUUGCCUCGUUCCUCAUCAACUUCUUGAAUCUCUUCUAUGGCUACCUGUUUGAUCGAUUUGGCACCAUGGUGACCAGGCUGCUGGGAAUAUGUUUGUACACUACUGGAUCCCUUCUGGUGGCCUUUUCCAGUGCAGCAUUUUCAGAGCUGCUUUUUCCCGCCUUGUCCUGCAUUGCUGUGGGAGGAAUUCUGCUCCUUCUAACUAACAUGCAGGUGGGCAACCUUUUCGCGGUUCACCGCUCCACCGUCAUCACCCUCUACAACGGUGCCUUUGACUCCUCCUCAGUUGUGUUCCUCAUCAUCAAGGUUCUGUAUGAACAGGGAGUCUGUCUCCGCUCCUCCUUCCUUGUUUUGUCCUUCUGCAGCAUCGUACACCUGUUGAGGACCUUCCUGCUUAUGCCCACAGCCCACAUCCCGUACCCUCUGCCACAACACUACACCUACGGACUGAAUCGUGGGAAGGCCAACACUUACAAUGUGGAGCAGUUUGAUAGGAUGAGGGACGGCACGAUGACAGCGUCACAGGAGUCCAGUGCGAGGGACAACUCACCACCAGCACCUAAGGAAGGGACAGAGGCCCAAGACUCUGCAAAAGCGGCAAGUUUCCAAAGCUGUGUGUGGUCUUGGUUCUUCCUGUGGCACCUGCUGUGGUUGUCCAUCAUGCAGCUGAGACAUUAUCUCUUCAUUGGCACACUCAACCCCAUGCUCCACCGCAUGGCUAACAACAGCCCCAACCUGGUAAGCCACUACACAAAUGCUUUUGCCGUGACCCAGCUGUGUGGAGUGCUGUUUGCUCCCUGGAACGGCCUCAUCAUGGACAGACACAAGGGGAAGCCUCUGGCUCCUGGAGAAACAGAGCAGGAGGCGGACCUGCGCUCCUCCUCUCUGUCUCUGUUCCUGACCUCCCUGCAGUGCCUGCUCUUCUCUGUGUGCGCCUCCGUUCCUCUCCUCCCCCUGCAGUAUCUCACCUUUCUUCUACAAGUGCUCAAUCGCUCCUUCCUCUAUGGCGGAAAUGCAGCCUUCAUUAGCAUCGCUUUCCCAGCCUGUCACUUUGGGAAGCUGUACGGCCUGAUGAUGUCCAUGUCUGCUGUCGUCUCUCUGCUGCAGUACCCCUGCUUCGCCCUCGUCAAAGGAGCUCUGGGUGGUGACCCCUUUUUUGUGGACAUUACUCUGACCCUCCUCACUCUGGUGGUGUUUAUCCAUCCCGUCUGCGUCUUCAUCCACUGUAGGAAACUAGCCCACCACAGGGAAGACAACGGCCAGACUGAAGCCACUAGUGCCACCAAGCUGGCUGAGGCCAAGCUAUAGAGGGAUAAUAAUGCAAAUGUUUUAGUCUCUGUCUAGAGGUGUUGCUUCCCAGGUUGUAAAACAC